CAGUCCCAGUCCCCACCCACCAGUCUCCCGGCCCUGCACUUAUAAGUCCCCAAAAGCGCCCCCAGCAGCAAGUCCAUGCCGUUGCUCGCCUCCGCUUCCUCCUCCGAUUCCCAUCACAGCCAGUUAACCAGCAGUACACACCACCACCACUCCAGGGGAAACCAACCACCACCUUGCUCUGGGAUGAUCACGUUCGGGGACCUGACGGAUCCGGCGCCCGGGGGCGCCGAGCGGUGCGUCGACCGGCAGCUGUGGCUGGCGUGCGCGGGCGGCAUGUGCACCGUCCCGCCGGUGGGCUCCAGCGUGUACUACUUCCCGCAGGGCCACGCCGAGCACGCGCUCGGCCUCGCCGCCGCCGGGCCCGGCGUCGGCGGCCUCUCGCGCGUCCCGGCGCUCCUGCCCUGCCGCGUCGCCGCCGUGCGCUACAUGGCCGACCCGGACACGGACGAGGUCUUCGCCGGGAUCCGCCUCGUCCCGCUCCGCCAAGACGUCCAGGACGAUGGCGCGGCGGCUGCGGGCGAGGACGAGGAGCACGAGAAGCCGGCGUCCUUCGCCAAGACGCUGACGCAGUCGGACGCCAACAACGGUGGCGGGUUCUCGGUGCCGCGGUACUGCGCCGAGACCAUCUUCCCGCGGCUGGACUACUCCGCCGACCCGCCCGUGCAGACCGUCGUGGCCAAGGACGUGCACGGGGCGUCCUGGAAGUUCCGCCACAUCUACCGGGGCACCCCGCGGCGGCACCUCCUCACCACGGGCUGGAGCGCCUUCGUCAACCACAAGAAGCUCGUGGCCGGCGACUCCAUCGUCUUCCUCCGCGGCGACGCCGGGGACCUCCACGUCGGCAUCCGGCGCGCCAAGCGCGGCUUCUGCGGUGCCGAGGAGGGCUCCUUGCCCGGUUGGGAGAACCAGCAGCUGUACACGAUGGGCCCGAUGCGAGGAGGAGGCAAUGUGAGCCCGUCGUGCAAGGGCGGCCGCCGUGGCAAGGUGCGCGCCGAGGACGUGGCCGAGGCGGCGAGGCUGGCCGGCAGCGGGCAGCCGUUCGAGGUCGUUUACUACCCGCGCGCCAGCACGCCCGAGUUCUGCGUGCGCGCCGCGGCGGUCCGCGCCGCGAUGCGCGUCCAGUGGUGCCCCGGGAUGCGGUUCAAGAUGGCGUUCGAGACCGAGGACUCGUCCCGUAUCAGCUGGUUCAUGGGCACCGUCGCCGGCGUCCAGGUUGCCGACCCCAUCCGUUGGCCGCAGUCGCCCUGGAGGCUACUUCAGGUGACCUGGGACGAGCCGGACCUGCUCCAGAACGUGAAACGGGUGAGCCCGUGGCUGGUGGAGCUCGUGUCGAGCAUGCCGGCCAUCCACCUCGCCAGCUCCUUCUCGCCGCCGCGCAAGAAGCCCCGGAUCCCGGCGUACCCGGAGUUCCCCUUCGAGGGGCAGCUCCUGAACCCAUCGUUUCCCCUGAACCUAGUGGCACACGGACACCACCAUUACCACCACACCCAGAGCUACCAUCCGUCCUUCUUCCCUUUCCCGGACGGUAGUGCUCCUCCUGCAGGCAUACAGGGAGCCAGGCAUGCGCAAUUCGGUCCGUCUCUACCGGAUCUCCACCUUACCCACCUGCAGUCGAGCCUACUGAACCCGGGGCUCCGCCGCCACGAUCAUCUCACUCCUGCCUUGGUCCAACCAAGAAUCAGCACUGACCUCACCAUCGGCAGCUCGCCGGCGCGCAAAAAUGGCGUCUCAAGCACUCUGCCCGACGACGGCGCCAAGAAGCCUAAGCCGUCGUCGGGCCUAGUGCUGUUCGGGCAGACAAUACUGACGGAGCAGCAGAUGAGCCGUAGCGAUUCGGCCGGCGCGACAUCCCCGGCAGCCAGCGGGAAUAGCUCCCUCAACUGUGACACCGAGAAAGCGGGGAAUGUCUCGGAGGGCUCGGGCUCUGGCGUCAUCCAGAACGCGUCGCCGGAGAGACUCCGGUGGUUCGGAGACGGUAACAGUGUUUCCGAGCUCGGGUUGGAGCCCGGGCAAUGCAAGGUGUUCAUCGAGUCGGAAACAGUCGGCCGGAACCUCGAUCUCUCGGCGAUGAGCUCGUUCGAGGAGCUCUAUGGUCGCUUGUCCGAGCUGUUCUGCAUUGAGAGUGCGGAGCUGAGGAGCCGUGUGCUCUACCGCGGCGCCACCGGCCAGGUGAAGCACGCCGGCGACGAGUCCUUCAGCAAUUUCAUCAAGUCGGCACGGAGGCUGACAAUACUGGCAGAUGCCGGCAGCGACAACAUAGGGAGCUAGGCUAGAGAGCAGCAAGCGGGGCGGGAGCAUCGUCCCGUCGUCGUAGUCUGUCCAGGCAGGCAGCUGAGCUCAAUGAGCAAUCGUUUUCAAUGAAUUUCAGUUCUAUGCCACCAUAUCUUUCAUCAAGAAAGCCUGUGUCCAAUCAGGCAGUCCACUUCUCCUUCCCGUGUAUGUAUCCCAUCCUAUAAUGCGUGUAACGAGACAUUGGGAGGGAAGGAUAAUGGUGGUAGUACCAUCAUGUUCUUUUGUGUAGCAGCAUCCUUUCAUUCAUCAGAUAUGCAUGCAAUCGUUGAUCCC